GAAAGCCGCAGGCUGAGAAUCAGUAAGGCAUGGGCAAAGAAGAUGCGACGCCGGCGCCAGGGCCAGGGCCAGGGCCAGGGCCAGCUGGCUUCAAGUUGGUCGGAUUCGCCAAUUUUGCACGCGUCAACCCGAAGUCGGACCGCUUCCGAGUGAAGCGCUUCCACCACGUGGAGUUCUGGUGCACCGACGCCACCAACGCCGCUCGCCGCUUCUCCUGGGGCCUCGGCAUGCCCAUCGUCGCCAAGUCCGACCUCUCCACCGGAAACCUCUCCCAUGCCUCCUACCUCCUCCGCUCCGGCGACCUCCACUUCCUCUUCACCGCUCCCUACUCCCCCUCCAUCGCCGCCGCCCAUAAUUUUUCCCACACUGCCACCGCCUCCGUCCCCACCUUCGAUUUCUCUGCCUGCCGCGCCUUCGCUGCCACACAUGGACUCGCCGUCCGCUCCAUCGCCGUCGAGGUCGAGGACGCCGGGCUGGCCUUCUCCACCAGCGUCGCGCAUGGCGCCAAACCCUCGUCUCCGCCGAUCAUCCUCGACGGCCGAGCAGUCAUCGCCGAAAUUCAGCUCUACGGCGACGUCGUUUUGCGCUACGUCAGCUACAAAACCCAUUACCCGAACCCGAACCGGGACCCGGACCCUAAUUCUUGGUUCUUGCCGGGGUUCGAACGAAUGGACGAAACGUCUUCGUAUCCGUUGGACUUCGGCAUCCGGCGGCUCGACCAUGCCGUCGGAAACGUGCCGGUGUUAGCUCCGGCGGUCGAAUAUGUGAAGGGGUUCACUGGGUUUCACGAGUUCGCGGAGUUCACGGCGGAGGACGUGGGAACGAGCGAGAGCGGGUUGAACUCGGUGGUGUUGGCGAGCAACGACGAGAUGGUGCUGUUGCCGUUGAACGAGCCGGUGUUUGGGACGAAGAGGAAGAGUCAGAUACAGACGUAUUUGGAGCACAACGAGGGGGCUGGAGUUCAGCACCUGGCGCUGGUGAGCGAGGAUAUAUUCCGGACAUUGCGGGAGAUGAGGCGGCGGAGCGGAGUAGGUGGGUUCGAGUUUAUGCCGCCGCCGCCGCCGACGUAUUACCGGAGUUUGAGAAACAGGGCCGGGGAUGUGCUGACGGAGGAGCAGAUGACGGAGUGCGAGGAAUUGGGGAUUUUGGUGGACAGGGAUGACCAAGGCACCUUGCUGCAGAUAUUCACCAAGCCCGUGGGAGAUAGGCCAACCAUAUUCAUAGAGAUAAUACAGAGAGUAGGAUGCAUGGUGAAGGACGAGGAGCAUGGCCAAGAAUAUCAGAAAGGCGGAUGCGGGGGUUUUGGGAAGGGCAACUUCUCCGAGCUCUUCAAAUCCAUUGAGGAAUUCGAGAAGACUCUUGAAGCUGCAGCUACCAGAACUGCUCAUUGCUAAAGAUUCUGCUGCUGCAUUCAGCGUUAUUGUUCUUGUGCUUGGCCUAAUGUUGUUGUAGAAACCGAAACACCCAAUAGAAUCAAAUGUUACAAUGCAUAAUGCAUCAUCAUCAUCAUCAUAAACUGUACUGAUUCAAUUCUGUCUUGAAUGUAAGAUGUCUUUAUUUAUGGUCUUUAACCAUUUUUGUGCUCA